CUCACACAGUGUAGUGCCUGUUGCUCACACAGUGUAGUGCCUGCUGCUCACACAGUGUAGUGCCUGUUGCUCACACAGUGUAGUGCCUGCUGCUCACACAGUGUAGUGCCUGCUGCUCACACAGUGUAGUGCCUGCUGCUCACACAGUGUAGUGCCUACACGCUGGACAUUGCAUAAAGACACAAAAUAUUCGUCGGGUACUUAUCAUGCGACGGAAGCAAAGAUCACUCUCUGCAGACAUGUACGUGGUGUUGCUGACAGCCGCUCUGCUGGCCACGCUGGUGUCUACCCGCUCCGUUGAGAACCCCGCAGACUCUGCAGACAACCAACACACGAAGAACACCAUGGCUGCCUCAGAGACCCCUGGGAAUGCUCGCUCCUUAGCGGUUCCUCCUCCUGUGCAGGUGACCUCUGCUGUGUUGACGGUGAAGGGGAACGCCAGAGAGGGUCGGGUCAUUGAGAUAGGUGAUGAUGGCAUCCCAAUCAUUCACGGGGUGAGAGUGCCAGACGACCCCAGCGACACUCGCAUCUACAGGAAUGCCAGAAUCGUCAACAACAAGUUGAUGACCCCUGAAGAGGAGGUGAAAGCCAACCAGGUAGAGGGCAGGUCUAUAAACAGCCCAUCUAAACCAAGUACCUCUCAGGUAGGUCUUCCAGACGCAGCCGUCACUCAACUAGAAGAAAGCUCAGUGACUGACCUACUGGAACCAAAAACCUUCCAAGUAGAAGGCAAGUCUGUGACAGACCUCUCAGAGCCAGCCGCUUCCCACCGUCGUGCAAGAGUGCUGAAUGAAGCAAAGCAACCAUCCUUCAACACCAAGACGGAAGGUUUCAAACCUUCGCCAAGAGUCGUCGGAGCUUCCUUCUCACCUGUCUCGUCCAGCCUGGGCUCGAUCCCAGCCCACCAGCAGCAGUAUCCAGACUUCUACUACAAAGGAUACUAUGACCACGACCGCGUCGGGGUGGUAGCUGAAGCUUCCUUCGAGGAUGAUAAUGUUUCUACCUCCUCUGAACAGGUUGUGAGCUACAGCUACCUGGCCGCGCCAAAGGACACUUCCCGAGCCAAGGACGUGGUGUACGGCUCUGGGUCCGCAGCCGAGCCACCAAAACAAAGCCUCACUCUCGCAGCAGCACCCUCUAGCUUCCAGCCUAUCAAAACCUCCUCAGGCCUUUCAUCGUCCCUCUCCAUAGGCGUUCCCUACACCCAACUUUCUUCCCCUCAGUCGUUCGCCGUCCACAGCGAUGCUUCCAACCUGGACACCACUCCCAGAGAGAUGUAUUCAUCCCCCAGUACCGCCCAGCCUCCGGUCAUCAUAUCGGCCAAUCCGGGACAGUUCGUCAUCAAGGAAUCGACCUUCCAGGCUCACCCCGGUGCCCCGAUCUUCACUGUGCCAAUACCCGUACCCAGCAACCAGGCUGGCUCUGACGGCACUCACCAGGUGUCAGCCUACAACGCCUACGAUAUCUAUCGUCAUCCUUCCACUAAGAAACCCAUCUUCGAGAAAAUUAUUGAACCUUUCAGGAAAAUUGGCGAGAGGGUCUACGAGAUGGCAUCACCAGUCCUGAAACCUGUGAUGACUGCUGGACGCAGACUGUCUGAACGACUGCAGUUGUCGGAGAGGAUGAGCGACUUCUCCGACAACCUGCAGCUGGACUCCAGGAAUCAUUACCUCAGUCGCAAUGCUGAAGACGGCAGUCUGCCCCUGGUGGCCGGCGCCACUGCUUUAGCUGCUAUAGGUCUGGUGGGUAUUGCUGUGGCCGCAGCUAACAACAUCACAUUCGCUGGCAAGCGUUCCGUAGACUACUACCCUCUGGAGCUACUGGACCAGCUGGUAUCAGAGGUGCCACUAGGGGAACCUACCUUGCUACACCGUCUGGAGGACUACGCCCCGUGGGUGAGCUCCAGCUGCUCCAGGAGGAUCUUGUGUCGUCUCAUGACCUACACUUCGGAAGACUUCCUCUUCAGUGUUGAGAAACGAGUGGAUGUCUUCCUUGGCAUGUUUGAUCGCGGAGACGAUCAAGAGUCGUCUCUCAAACGCGCUGCUGACGACAUAUUGAGUGCCGCGCGACAACGCCAGUGCGACGUGAUAAAGUGUAACGACCAGGUGUUGAGAAAGUCAAGAUCCCGCUAGACUUGGUAACUCCUGCAAGAAACAAUAUUAUAUAUAAGCGAGAGAAGUGAUGAAGGUUCAACCCUCCGGCAGCUUUAACUGCCUCCGCCUCGCUUCUCUAUAACCAAUGAAUGGGCUUUAUUUCGGCAGUCCCUCAGACUGACGUCCUCUCCCUGUGAGCUUCCGUCUGCUAGGAGAGAGCUUGUGGUAAACUGCUGACCACUUCACAAGAUGACACCCCAGGACGCUGCAUAGUAUUGGUCAAAUGGCUGACUUUUUUUUUUUUUUUUUUUUGGUUUAAACCUUAAAAUGAUCUGUUAAAUCUAGAGGCAGAGUCGUGAAGCGGGGAUUAGAACAGCUGAUGAUGCCUUAUCAUCAGCUAAUCUUAAUGGUCAUAUUAUGAAGUAGUCUCAUGUCAUUCAGAAAAUUAAUUAUUUUCCCACCUUUAGAUAAUAAACGUAUUCUUAAGUGUGCUGCAACAUGCAGUCAUUAUAAUAACCCAACGUAACGAAGUUACUGUACAAAAUAUAGUUCACCCAUCAAGCUGCACAUUUCUGUUCUUCUACAGCAGUAGUCCUCAACCUUUUAGUAUGAAAGGGCCAAUUUGAAAAGCCAAAUUUAAAGGAGGGCCGCAUUUUGUAUUUUUUUCUAAUUUUUAUGAAUAAUAAUAUUUUGUAAUUGUUGACACUGCAGUGUGAACCUACAUAAAAGUGAAUUCAUAAUUUCAUGUGAAGGCCGCAUCCAUUUCCUAGAAGGGCCACAUGCGGCCCUCGGGCCGCAGGUUGGGGACCCCUGUUCUACAGUAGUAGUUCACUAUCAGAGGAGUAGCUAAUAUUGCCUUGACUCUUCAUAUCGAGGUGUUGUAACUAUAAUGUUCCUGGAACCUUCCAAUAAUAAUAAUGGUACAAUAAUAAUAACAAAAACAUUAUAACUUGGCUUCAGAUUUGUUAAUUAAAACUCGAAAGUUUUGUUUAGAGUUCUGGUUGUAUUAUGUUCUGUAUUAUUUAGUUCAUAGGCGCUGCUGUUAUUUUCAGUCCCCUGGAUUGUACCUUCACUCACUGUCAGCUGCACCAGUCACACUGUCAGCUGCACCAGUCACACUGUCAGCUGCACCAGUCACACUGCCAGUUGCACCAGUCACACUGUCAGCUGCACCAGUCACACUGUCAGCUGCACCAUAAAGAAGCCACUAGCUGGCGAAACGUUACCGUAAUAGUUUCCCAAAUGCUGUGCGAGUCUCAUUCUUUAUCCAUUUCAUACUGAGGUUUCUCGAUGUCUUAAAGUUGAGUUAUUGCCUUAUACUUUGUGUUAACGAAUGUACUUAAGACCAUAUUUAUCCACCCAUCCAAGUGGUUUAUGUAGUUUGUAAACAAUGAUCCAUGUGGAGCGUCACUUGUUACAGAUCACAAUCCGAUUUUCCUUUAUUUACGUAAAAUUCGUUGCCUGUCGAUAGGCCGUGUAAAUGGGAUUACGGUGGUCCACAUAAUGUUGAACUUCUGUACUGUUGUCUGUCACUUUAAAUAAAGAAAAUUUGUCUGGUAAGAACUAAACCUCGUGAAACUAUGUCGAGAUUCAUUUAUAAACUUGAAUUCAAAGUGUUUUCGAAAAUUAUAUUUUUCAGUUCCGAUUCCAGUCAUUUUCUCAGCAUUGAGGUCAAUCUCAUUAUUUUUAUUAAUUUCUCUGACCCGAUAGGGGUCACAGAACUUAAAUUUUGAUAACUGAUUAAGUAUAGUUGCCGUUUAAACCAAAGAAAAUUGAUGUCCUCGUAGGCUGUGCUGAUGACCAACCUACAGACUCGACCCAUGAAGUAAAUGCGACUCAACUUUGGUAAAAGUCCAGGUUGACUGGUCUGUAAUUUAAUGUUAAUGAGUUCAUCAUCUAAUUUGUAAAUAUACAUUAUAUUUCAAAAUCUAUAUCUCUGGCACGUUACCUCUUACAAUGGUUUACUAAAAAAAAAAAUAGUUAUUGGUUUACGAAUCUCCUCUUUGCAUCUUCUAAAAAUAAUAGAAAAUAGGUCGACGGUGUCCGGGAAUUUGACUUUAAUUCGUUCACUUGCUUAAGACUUUCCGGUUUAGCGCUUAAAUUGAUUAUAAUAACACUUGAUGUAUUAAAAACAUGUGCAACGGCUGGGUAUCUUUAUUUCGUAGACGUUUAGCUAACCAGUGGCUUUAUCAGUACAACACAGGGAACAUAAACUGAUAUCUGUAGGAAGUAAUCCGUCAGUCAGCCUAAACUACGGUACAGAACACAUGUUCCUAGACUGACGGACUGAUUAUCUCAUCUACUGUCUUCUUUAUUUAUUUUUACAACACUGUGCGAUAUAAUACUCUUAAUAUGCGUCUGUAAAUAUCGCAUGGGAAUUCAUUUUGGCGUUAGAGAUUGUUUUAUAAAGAUACUUAGAUUAGUGUUAGGUCUAAGGUCGAUCAUCAGUCAGGACUCGUUAAAUUAGUACUCGGUUACUACCAAGAAUUCCUAUCAUAUCCAGGUGUGGAAGAAGUGUCAAGACAUAACCAGGUGUGGGAGAGGUGUCAAGACAUACCCAGGUGUGGGAGAGGUGUCAAGACAUACCCAGGUGUGUGAGAGGUGUCAAGACUUAACCAGGUGUGGGAGAGAUGUUAGAACAUUCUCCAGGGAUGAAACAGUGUGUGAAAGUUGCAUAAUAUUUUAGGGAUGUAGAGUCAGGCGGUGAUUGACGUCCCAAUUCUCUUUUAAUUUCUAAGACAGAGAGUGAACUCAAGACUGCACACGAGAAGUACACACCACAGUGUAUGCACACCAUGAUAAGUGUGUGUGUGUGUGUGUGUGUGUGUGUGUGUGUGUGUGUGUGUGUGUGUGGUGUGUGUGUGUGUGUGUGUGUGUGUGUGUGUGUGCUUGCGUGUGUGUGUUUACUUUGAGUGUGCGUUCGUGUUGUGCGCGCGUGCGUACUUAAAAGUGCUUUAUCAUGGACAUUAAAUCUGUUCUUGAUCCAAGGGCACUACUGUCUGAACAAUUCUGUAUCACAUAAGGUAAUCAUGAAUAUACAAAGAACACACGUGUGCAACCAUAGGGAACUUAGCACUCGAAACAGCAGCAGCUCCUGGUGAGCUGCUGCUGUUUCCCUCACCAGAAACUGCCUCAAGCCAACGAAGUUUCUCACACGUCGCACUUGUUUUUAUAUUCCCAGCAUUGGCAGUGUCUUUAAGAUGGUAUCAACGAAUCAUCAAGCUGUCAUCACAUGCUUAAAACUCUUCGACAGGUGAUUUUUUUCCUGAUAAAUUAAGAACCUCUAAACCAGAAUGAUCAGUAUUUAUAAACCACUGUUAUUGAUAUCACUAACUUAUUUUCUGAUUGAAUUUGGUAAGACCUUGUUUUAUCGGCUGGUCUCGU